CAAGAUGUUCAGGACAAAACUGAUGAUAGCUACAUGGAGCUAGAUUUGACACAACGAAGAAAUCAAAACAUCAAUACAUAUGACACAAUAGAGGAAGGACAUCAUAACUAUGAAAAUGCUACAAUUAGAGAUGGACAACAUAACUAUGAAAAUGCUACAAUUGGGGAAGGACAACAGAACUAUGAAAAUGCUACAAUUGGGGGUGGACAACAGAACUAUGAAAAUGCUACAAUUGGGGGUGGACAUCAAGAGUAUGAGAAUGCUACAAUUGGUGAUAGACGUAAUAACUAUGAAAAUGCAAUAUUAGGAGACAACCCUAAUGACUGUGUACAUGAUAUCAUUAAGGAUGAGGACAGGAAUCAAGAUUAUGUGAAUGACAUAAUUGAAGAUGCGAACCCUAAUGACUGUGUACAUGAUAUCAUUAAGG